AUGUCGCACCUCAAGUACGCCGAUGCCAAAUAUGUCUUCCUUACCGACUUUGACGGUACCAUCACCCUCCUCGACUCGAACGACCACAUGGUUGACACUGUCGGCAUGGGCUACACCGAGCGAAGAAAGAUCAACGUCGAGAUUGUCGAGGAGCGCGUCAGCUACCGCGAGGGUUUCAAGCAGAUGAUCGAGUCGGUCCACCGUCCUUUCAAGGAGAUGGAGGAGCUCGUCCGACGCGACGUCACCCUCGACCCUGGUUUCAAGGAGUUCUACGCCUUUGCCAAGGCCAACAACAUCCCCGUCAUCAUUGUCUCGUCCGGCAUGACGCCCAUCAUCCGCAGCAUCCUCUCCAACCUCAUCGGUGAGAAGGACGCCAACGAGAUCGACGUCAUCUCGAACGAAGUCAACUUCACCGACCCCGAGAAGGAGGGCAAGACGUGGGAGCUGAUCUACCGUCACCCCGACAACCACUUUGGUCACGACAAGUCGCUCUCCAUCGCCCCUUACCGUGAGCUCAAGAACCGCCCCACGCUCUUCUUCGCCGGCGACGGCAUCUCGGACAUGUCGGCCGCCCGCCACGCCGACGUCCUCUUCGUCAAGGACAAGCAGGACAACGACCUGGCCACCUACUGCAAGACCAACAACAUCCCCUACCACCUCUUCCGCGACUGGACCAUCCCCAAGAAGAUGCUCGAGCAGAUCAUCGCCGGCGACCUCAAGAUCGAGGAUGUCAGCGGAAAGAGCUCCGACAACGGCGACUUUUCCAAGGCAUAG